AUGGAACCGACAAAGUUAUUGUGCGAUUCCAUUUACUGUAGGUUAUGCGCCGAGGAAAAUAGUAAUGGGACAUACUUAUUUUCUAGCGAAGAAAAUUCUGAUAAUUUAAGUCUACUUGUAAAUAGAUAUUUGCCACUGAAGAUUGAAAACGAUGGAAAGUACCCCAGAACAAUCUGCCCCGGUUGCAACAUCCAACUGGAAGCUACGAAAUCCUUCAUGGACCUUAUCGUUGAAGGCCAAGUGAAGCUUAGGGAGCACUAUCGAGCCCAGCAAGAAAUUUUACACAGAGAAGAGAAACAAAGACAAAAACUAGAAGAAGUAUUGCACACAGUGAAUCCCAAUAGCACAGUUGAGACAUACACCAUUCAUUCUGACGAAACAGGUGAAAAGUUCCUGAUACAGAUAUUCUCCGAUGGGCCGUUGUUCCCUCCGGAGCACGAAUUGUCUUUACGUGCUGAUGGUUUGGAAAAACCGAGGCGAAAGAGGGGUAGACCUCCUAAACAAAUUACGGAAGAAGUGGAAAUGGAAAUAAAAACAGAGUCUGAAGCUAUUCAGCAAGAGGAGGAGAGUGAAACUGAUGCUGACGGUAGAAAGCGGAGAAAAAUUAGGGCUCCUUCGAGGUAUCAAGGAAUAGUUCAGGGAAAAGAACUGGACAAAGUGUUUAAAGAGGAAGGUCUUAUAGAGGACGAUGAUGAAAUAGAAAUUAAAGACAUUGAAGUGAACGCUGAUGCCGAAGAAGUAAUCGGAAGGACAGAAACGGAGAACGGGGAAGAUUUAGGGGAGCCCGUGUUUAUAAAUCGGCCAAAGUUUAGGAUACGAGCCGGUUACGGGAACAAAAGACGUGGAACAAAACGAUACCAGUGCGAGAUUUGUAAAAAAGAAUUCUUGCACUGUGGUCGUUACGAAUUACAUAAAAAGUCUCACAAAGUCAAGUACGUUUGCCAAGAAGCUGAUUGUAACGUAGAAAAUGAGAUUAAAGAUGCGGUCGAUCAACACCAAUUAGAAACGGGACAUAGUGGCGUGUCGGCUGUUGAAAUGGUUGAAUCUGCGGGAGGCACCCUUCAGUUACCGGAAAGUGCCGAGAGCGUGGCGAACUUAACUGAAACAACAUCUCCGAAGGCCACCGAGUCGCAGUAUAAAUGCGACGAUUGCAGCAAAACCUUCAUCUGCAAGCAGAACCUGGAUGUCCAUAAACGUGCCGUCCACAACCAGGAGAAGCCGUUCUCUUGCCAGAAGUGCGAUAAGAAGUUUUCGUACUCAAACAGUUUGAAGUUGCACAUGUUGAAGCACGACAAGGAGGUGGAGCAUAAUUCUGACAACUCUGUCCUCAAGGAAUACCCAUGCGAACAGUGUGGGAAGGUGUUGCAGCAUCCUAGUAGUUUGAUUUACCACCGAGAGACGGAGCAUAGCAACGGCAGGCGGUUCGUGUGCAAUAAGUGCAAUAAAAGCUUUAAACAUAGGCAGUUACUACAGCGACACCAGCUGGUCCACUCCGACGAACGUCCGUUCCGCUGCAGCCAGUGCCCGGCUCAGUUCAAAACCAACGCCAACCUCGUCAACCACGAAGCCGUACAUUCGGGCGAGAAAAAAUUUGUCUGCAACAAAUGCGGCCAGAGGUUCGCCCACAGGACGUCCCUCACGCUCCAUCAACGCUGGCACGAGGGCUACAAGCCUUACAGCUGCGACGUGUGUCAUAAGUCUUUCUCGCAGAAGGGAAACCUGGCGGAGCACAAGAGGAUUCACACGGGCGAGAAGCCGUACUGUUGCGACCACUGCGGGAGGUCUUUCACCACUUCGUCCCAGUUCAAUUUGCACCGGAAGAGACAUACAGGUGAAAAGCCGUGGUCUUGCAACUACUGCUCCAAAUCCUUCCUGCACAAAGACACGUACAAAACGCACGUCCGUCGCCACCUCAACGACCGUCCCUUCAUCUGCAGGGAAUGCCCCAGAGCCUUCACCGAAGCCUGGGCUCUUAAGAGACACGAACGCACUCACUCCGGCAUCAAACCAUAUGUUUGCGAAUUUUGCGGAAAAACCUUUGCCGAUAGCUCCAACAAAACCAAGCACAUGCGAAUCCAUUGCGCCGGUCGUUCCCAAAGCGAUAUCAAGUUCCCGAAUAUGGUCACGGCGAACGUGAAGUAUAUACUCAGCGACAACCUUCUGAAUCCGAUCUACGGCGAGCAGUUCGAUUUGAAGGAUCCUCCGCCUUUAUUGGAUAUUCUCGAUAAUACGGACAAAUCCAAGUUACAAGCGACGUCGGAUCUACAUCUGACGCAGUUGGUGGAUCAGCAGGGCAAUCCUAUCAGUAUUACGACGCAGGACGGGCAGAUGGUGCCGGUGGUGACUGGGGCGAACGACGAGGCCAGUAUCCAGGGGUUGUUGCCGGACGGGACGUUGGUCCCCAUCGAGCUGGCGGCCAUACAAGAGAAAGACUUAGAGGGUGUGUCUCAGGAGGAAAACGCCGCGUUGCUCAACCAGGAGAUCCAGGACGAGAUCGACAUCCUGAAGGAGCAGGAGGAGAUAAUAAAAGACAGGUCAAAGCUGGAGGGGAACAUCCAGUUCAUAACGGGCGACGACGGCCAGGACGUCUGCCUGGUGACGUACGCCAUGGACGACAACAGCGCCAUCAACCCGGAGAUCGGCAUCGACACGUUCCUCAUCCACAGCAUAAAAAAGAACGAGUAG